CCUUUGCGCAUUACCGCCGGCAUAGCUCGGCUUUCGUCUUAUCAUCAUGGCGGAGCCGCGAGACAAGGCGCUGCAAGACUAUCGCAAGAAAUUGCUGGAGCACAAGGAGAUCGAUGGGCGCCUCAAGGAGCUAAGGGAACAACUGAAGGAACUUACCAAGCAGUAUGAAAAAUCAGAAAAUGACCUCAAAGCUCUACAAAGUGUUGGACAGAUUGUUGGUGAGGUUCUUAAACAAUUAACAGAAGAGAAAUUCAUUGUCAAAGCAACAAAUGGACCAAGAUAUGUAGUUGGCUGUCGUCGUCAGCUUGAUAAAAGCAAAUUGAAACCUGGGACAAGAGUUGCAUUGGAUAUGACCACCUUAACGAUUAUGAGAUAUUUGCCAAGAGAAGUUGAUCCACUUGUUUACAACAUGUCUCAUGAAGAUCCUGGCGAUGUAUCUUAUUCUGAAAUUGGUGGAUUGUCAGAACAAAUCAGGGAACUAAGAGAGGUUAUAGAGUUACCCCUGACAAAUCCAGAAUUAUUCCAGCGUGUGGGGAUUAUACCUCCCAAAGGCUGCUUGCUAUAUGGCCCACCAGGAACGGGGAAAACUCUCUUGGCUAGAGCUGUUGCCAGUCAGCUAGACUGCAAUUUCCUAAAGGUUGUGUCUAGUUCCAUUGUAGACAAAUACAUUGGGGAAAGCGCUCGGCUGAUUAGAGAAAUGUUCAACUAUGCCAGGGACCAUCAGCCCUGUAUCAUCUUCAUGGAUGAAAUUGAUGCUAUUGGUGGUCGCCGUUUUUCUGAGGGAACGUCAGCUGACAGAGAGAUCCAGAGAACUUUAAUGGAGUUAUUGAAUCAGAUGGAUGGAUUUGAUACUUUACACAGAGUCAAAAUGAUAAUGGCUACAAACAGACCAGAUACUCUAGAUCCAGCAUUGUUGCGACCUGGAAGAUUGGACAGGAAGAUUCAUAUUGAUUUGCCAAAUGAACAAGCUAGGUUAGACAUCCUGAAAAUCCAUGCUGGACCUAUAACUAAACAUGGAGAAAUAGACUAUGAAGCAAUUGUGAAGCUUUCCGAUGGAUUUAAUGGUGCUGACCUAAGGAAUGUCUGUACUGAAGCAGGCAUGUUUGCUAUUCGUGCUGAUCAUGACUUUGUAGUUCAGGAAGACUUCAUGAAGGCAGUUAGGAAAGUUGCAGAUUCCAAGAAGCUGGAGUCUAAGUUGGAUUACAAACCAGUCUAAGUCCUAUACAACAUGGUUAAUGGCUGACAGUGACUGCUGCAUGGGAAAUGUGGGGGCUUCCUAGGUAAAAUGAGAAACAGACUAUUCCUUGAUUGUGUUGUUAUUUCAAGUCUAUGUAUUAAUGAUGGCAGUUAGCCAUUUGUUAAUAUUAGGUAGGAGUCUGCUGCAACAAGAGGCCCUCUGAAAACAAGAUGGCUUUUCAACCCCACACAUAUGCAGUAUAAAAUCUGCUUUCAGAUAAUGACUUUAUCAAAUGUACUAUUUUGAUUUCAUCUGGCAGAUUUGAAGGUGGCAUGCUUGUUUUAUAUCAUUUAUUAUUUUCUCUUCUUUGAAACAGUAAAAUACAUCUUGUUUAAAUCAAGUUUGUUAAUUGGUUCCUCAGCAUCGUGUAAAUGAGAAGGAACAUCAUCAGAUGUUGGACCACAAUAAGUUUUGGGUAUCUUGUCUAAAUCUUAAGAAACCCUGCUUUUCAUAGAACAGUGUUUUUAUUUGAGAAGCUAAAAGCAUUUAAAAAUCAGAAGUGAUACUUUUUCUCAAUUUAUUUUUGAUAUGACAGCUUAAAUCUUUCACACAUUAGGAUGAAUAAAUUUUAAAAAUGUAGCAUGUUCUUCUGUUUAAAUAUCCUGGUUGACUUCUAGUUUUCUUUAAGGGCCAUUUUAAGAUGAAGUUAAGAACUUGUGAUGUAGGCCUAGGACACAUUCCCAGCGCAUAUCAGGAUCUGUUAGCUUCAUGACAUUGUACCACCCCCCCCACCCUCCCCCAAAAACCCCAGCUUUGAGAAUGCUCAAAAUAAUGAAAGCAGAAAAAAAUGUUUAAUAUUGUGUUCAUUGCAUAACUGCCUCCCUUAAAUUUGGCUUUUUAUAACACGAGUAGAGGGAAAUACAGAAUAGCCUACUAUGGUUACUCUUGUACCCUGAUUGCUGCCUAGACCAAAGAAGCAAAGCAAAAUAUUUAAUUAGAACUUCUGUAUUCUGCCUUCCAUGUAAUCAUUACUUACUCCCAAAGCAUCUCUCUUGCAGCAAACAUACAAGAGCUAGUUCAUAAUCAUUCACAAAAUUGGUUUAAAGCAUUUAAGAAACUAGAACCAGGCACAUUGCACUGAAUAUAAAAAUGGCCCCUAGCAAUAAAAAAAGUUGGAUUCUCCCAGGUUUACUGUAAGGGGUUAGGUUACAGAGCAUAUAUUUUAGCCCUCCUUUUGGCAGUAAGUAAAUUAAGACAGGGUCCUCCUUAUUUAAUGCUUACUUUCUAGCAAUCUUUUCAUUUAGGAGUAGGCGGUUAACCUUUGAUGAGAUACAAUGUCUAUGUGUUCUUGUUCUGAACUAUUUUGCAAACAUCUAUUCUCAUUUCCAAAGUCAGGGGAAUCUAUUUAUAGAUCAGAUAAGAAGAUAAUAUUUCAGAUAACUAGAUAUGCCCACAAAAUACUGCCAAUUGAUCUUUCCUAUCAUUUUGACCUGAAACUUAAUGGAACGGCUCACAUGACAUAAGACAAGAAGAAACCACACUGUGGCUUAAGGUAUUCUAUAAGUCCUGCCCAUUGUAAUGUAUGCAAUGAGCCAUAAAUCUAAUCCUAACAUAUUAUGAAUUAUUAUAAAAUAGUUGAGUCUGUGAUUUCAAAGAUCAUACUUGAGGACAUAUCGCCUAAGAGCAAAUCCAUAAUGAAUAUAUACAUUGGCUUUUAUUAAUUUG